AUGUUUAUCAGUGUUCUAUCCCCUAUACUCACUCCCACAUGCGGAGGCGACGAUCCCUUGCUGACGCUGUCCUCCUACCUCAACUGCCUCACCGGGCGGACGCCGCGCACCACCGGGGAGCUUGUUUCUUUCUUCCACCAUUUCGGGAAUUCGCUGCACAAUGCAUCUUCACAGUUGUCCUCACUGGGCUCCGCCCUCACCACUCCACAUCGCCACUGCCCCGACUGGGACCGUCUUGGGGAGGAAGAUCUCCAAGUCAUCAAGGGCGCCCGGGGCUCCGCCUCUCCCAACGCCAACCACGACAAGGACCAUCCCGAGGCCUUGUCCACGUUGCUUGGCUGCGGCAUCGAUAACUCAAACUGCCGUCAACAUCUGCUACCCAUCACCUACCGGGCCUACGCCCUCUACGCGCCGAGCUUCACUCACGCCUACCUCAGCUGGGCGGUAUACCUGGCAGACAGACUGUGGGAGUCACUGACCAAGCUGCACUGCGAUCUGGAGAACCUUCAAUGUCACGACUCCAAGCUCAAAUGCCUCCACCAGUGUGACAAGGCCAUGCCCCUCCUCUACUAUCACGGGUUCACGCCGCCGGAGGAUGUAUCGCAGCCGUCACUCACGUGUGCACAGGUCAUAGACAAGCUGAGGGAGGUGGUCUCCGGAAAGCCUAUCGCAAGCCUCAUGACCGCCAUGGACAAUUUCCUCCACAGAGUCCGUGCCCCCUUCCUCUUCACCCUCGUCACACUCUGGCUCAUCGCCACGCUCUACAUCCUUCACUCACUCCUCUACCGCAUGGACGUCCUGUGCAUACGAUCUCACCUGCUGACAUCCAAGUUCUCCCACCUCAUAGAUGCCAAGGCGCUGCUCACGCACGGGACGAGGAUGCUUUCACUCUACCGCGACGUCGAUUACUUCGAUGAUGACCUUAACUCAUGA